AUGGAUAAGCCCAAGGCAACAGACACUGAACGCAUCGAAAAGGCGAUCACAAUCGAUGAGACGAUCGAUCAAGCCCUGGAUAAGCGUCUGAAUCGAAAGUUCGACCUCCGUAUUCUGCCUUGGUUGUUCGGGAUAUGGUACUUUGCUCCUCCACACUGUUCACGGCGUAUGCUGAGUAAGAAUUCUAGGCUCUUCUCGUUCAUAGACCGCAGCAACAUCGGCAACGCAAGAAUAGCCGGCCUGUCUGACGAACUUUCCAUCACAACUGGUACACGGUUUAACAUCGCCCUCCUCGUCUUCUACAUCCCGUACAUCCUGGUCGACGUACCGUCUAACCUACUCGUCAAGCUCGAGGGCGCAAUCACUGUCGUGUUCGGCAUCGUAUGCUUCUUUUUCAUGCCGGAUACCCCUGCCGCAGCAGGAUUUUUGAGUGAUGAAGAAAAGGAGUGGGCAUUGCGACGCAUGAGGCUUGAUGCAGGAGGAUCCACCGAAGUCGAUGUCGACGAUGAAAAGUUCAGUUGGUAUUGGGUCAAGAUGGCACUCAAAGCCCCGCAGACGUACCUUUCUGCUUUCAUCUGGUUCUUCUUGUUGGUGCCGCUCUAUAGCUUCUCGCUGUUCCUUCCUAGUAUCAUUGCCGGCAUGGGCUAUCAAAGCACCACCGCGCAGCUCUUCACGGUACCACCUAACAUGGCUGCUUUCAUCACAGUCAUUGGCACGGCGUACGCCUCCGACAAGUUGAAGAAUCGCUGUUGUUUCAUCAUAGGAGGCUGCGUGAUAGGGAUAUGCGGUUACGUUAUGUUGAUAGUGGCGACGACGAAUGCCGUGCGGUACGCCGGGACGUUCCUGGUCGCGAUCGGUGUCUUCCAGGGUUCGCCCAUGCUCAUGGGAUGGGCGUCCAACAAUCUUGCGCCUCACUAUGUCCGCGCAGUCGGAAUCGGUAUGGUAAUCAGCAUAGCGAACUGCUCUGCAUUCAUUGGCACGUUCAUCUAUCUUCAGCGCGAUGCGCCGAAAUAUGUUCUAGGCCAUUCUUGCUGGUACCUAGGCUGGGAGAACAGAAAGCGAGAGAGAGGUGAACGGGACGAUAGACUGCUGCGAGCGGAUGCGGAUAGACUUGGCCAUCAGCACCCUAGUUUCAGAUUCACGUUGUAG